AUGGCACCAAAUACCAUCCGGCCGAUCCGGACAGCUUUGCUGCUAGCGGCAGUAGUACUAUCUGUCAGCGCCGCAAAACCCCAUCCAACGGGAGGCGCUUCGGCCACAACGAUCGUAGGCUCGAAGAAACUGGCCACGGCCGCCGAUUGCUCGCAGCCCAUAGCUUUCUCCGGCACCCAUGUCAUGCUCGACAAUGACAAGCAAGUAGUCCCAACCAAGUUUUUGCUGGACCAGGGCGUCGGGUACGCCGCGUCGACUGGCAUUUUCACCACCCACUGCCCGGGCUUGUACUCCUUCAGCUUCGCAGGCUACCCCACGACCAGUGGCAAAGGCAGUUUGCUCCUGGAGCUCAAGCGCAGGGCCAUUUCCACCGAAAGCUGGACUUCGGUCGUCUCGGUGGGGCCAUUGGGUGGUUCCAACACUGUGCUGUUACGCAUGGCCGUGGGCGAUCAGGUCGCGGUUUUCUCCAGCCUGAAAGAUCUGGACGGUGCCACUUUCAGCGGCUACCGCUUCGCCAAGGAGUGA